UCCCCCAGGUUGGUGUCCUCAGUUCAGGCUGUGAUGGCAUCGACAGCUGGAAUCAUCAUUGCAUCCUCCUGCCAGCAUGUCAUUGAUGACCAGCAUUGGCUGGCCUCGGCCUACCCCGCCUUCGCCGUGCCCUACUUCCUGUACGACGUGUACGCCAUGUUCCUGUGCCACCGGCACCGCGCAUGCGUCAAGGGUCACGAGGCCGCCCCCCCCCCGCGCAUGCGCGCUGCGGCCGCCGCCUUCCUGCGCCGGGAGCCCCUCCUCGUCCUGCAUCACGUGACCAUGGUGCUCGUCUGCUUCCCCGUGGCCUGUCUCUGGCGUCAGGGUAAAGGGGAUUUCUUCCUGGGCUGUUUGCUGCUGGCAGAGCUGAGCACUCCCUGUGUGUGCCUGAGCAAGGUGCUCAUCCUGCUAGGCCGCCAGCACACUGCCCUCCACCGCCUCAACGGCCUCACCCUCCUCAUCACCUUCCUCCUGUGCCGGGUCCUCCUCUUCCCCUACCUAUACUACACCUAUGGACGCCAUAGGGGCCUGCCCCUCCUCCGCGUGCCCGCCGCCCUGCCCCCCGCCACCAACAUGGCCGCCGCCGCCCUCCUGGCCCCACAGCUCUACUGGUUCGGCCUCAUCUGCAGGGGGGCUUGGAGGAUGAUGGGGGCGAGGACACACACAGGGCAUGGGGGGGGGAGCACCAGAGCCUAG